AUGCCGGCUACUGACGUCGUCUCCCCGGUGCCUUGGAACGACGUCAACUUCCUGAUCGUCACCGAUGUUCAUUCUUGGAUUGCCGGCCAUCGGCACCCGGAUCACACACCGGCGCUCGACGCGGAUUAUGGGCACGUGCUGUCGCUGCACGAGCGCCUAGCGGAAGUCGCAGCGGCCAGAGGCUGCGACCUCUUCCUGGUACAGAAUGGCGACCUCAACGACGGCAACGGAUUCUCCCGGACGCCGCCCGCGGUUCUCGUGCCGCUGCUGCAGCGCAUGCCAUUCGAUGCACUCACAACGGGCAACCACGAGCUGUACGAGAACAAAAAUAUCGACUAUCUCGCGCAGCCUGGCGGGUUCAUCGACUCGUGGAAUGGAAGCUUCAUCACCUCAAACACACUGGACGCCGCGACGGGCGAGCAUCUCGGCUCCAGCCACAAGCUGCUCGUCGGCCGAACCUCGCGCGUGCUCGCCUUUGGCUUCCUUUACGACAUGAGAGACCACGCCGACCACGUCAUCGUCACGCGCGUGGAGGAGGCCGUGCAGCAGGCGUGGUUCGUCGACGCCCUCACGGCGACCGAGUACGACGCUGACCCGCUCGUCGACCUGCUGCUCGCCGCCACGCGAGCGAGCGCCGGCGCGGCGGUCCCCGUCCUCUUUGUGACUGGCCACUCGCACGUGCGCGCCUACCGCGACCUCGACACCCGCGCCGCCUCGUUCGAAGCGGGCAGCCAUGUGCUCGGCUGCGCGCCACGCACGUACAAGGCGGCUGCGGGGCUGGGCGCGGCCGAGUCGCUCUGGCGGUUCUACUUGGACGAGGUGACGCCGCGGACCGCAUUCGGCGGUAACGCGUCACGCAUCGCCGUGCAGAGCACCGGCUCGCUGCGCGGCGGUGACGUUCGGGCGGUGCUAAGCGCCCUCCAUGCGCAAGCGCCCAGCGCCGCCGACCCCCGCACUGGCGGCCCGCUGCCCCGGUACGCGGCGACGUCGAUGCCUGUGGGCGAUGAGAAGUACGAGCUUUGGACGGUGGACUUUGAUUUGCCCGCUGUGGUGCGCGCCUACGAGUCGCAGACGGGUAGCGCCCCUCACCCGGUCCGGAUGCUGGACGGCAGCACAUCGACCGACCUGUGGAUGCGUUACGUCCAGCAAGCAUGGCCCUGCAACGGUACGGCGGCGGGCGAGGACCUCGCCGGCGCCGGAACCGGCGAGCAGCGCCCCAACUUGCCCGACCUCCUGCUCCCUCUCCUCGCUGUCUUCUCCCUCGCCCUCCUCCUCGCACUGUUCCGCUUUCGCGGCUGCUUCCGCCGCCUCUGCGCCCGUAGCACCACACCGAUCCGCAAUGUGCAGCAGCUUGUGGAGAGCACGGCGGCGCCAGGCGGUGUGGCGAUGACGGCGAAAGCAGUCACGAAAUCGUAA